ACAAUAUGGACAGAUCAUUAAUGGAUUUGAAUCUUUGAUUUCAUGUUUUGAAAUAGAUCUAUAAAUAUUUGUAAUAUGCCUAUUUUAAAAAGUUAAAGAUUGCUAAUUAAUAACUAGCGCAGUGUCCACUGUAUGAGUGUAGUGUACAGGUUAACACUUAGUAGAUCUAGUACCAUACAAGCUGAUACUGUUAUAAAAACCUUUGACUCUAUACAUUGUGCGAUGUCGACAAACAGCCAAACUAGUUGCUAAUGACAACUUUCAAGAAAUGAUCAGAUCAAGUUCUGCAUCUAAAGCACUGGUAAAGGAUGACAGAUACGAAUCACAUGAAGAAAAUGGUGUCCUCUUCUGGGUGAACAAAAGUGGCUUCCCCAUCGACAACUUCACAUGGGAGCGGAUGUGGGACCAUGUGGCUAAAGCUCAUCCUGAGGGCAGCUCCAUUGUUAGGCAAAUCAGAAACAACCAUAAGCUACCACAGGUACCUUUUCCACAAGCCCCAUUGACCUUCAGCCCAUCAGUAUCCAUUCAAGAGAGGCUUCAAAAGAUACAAGACUAUAUGAUUGAGCUACAAUACAACCACACAGGCACACAGUUCUUUGAGAUUAGAAAAAGCAGGCCAAUGACUGGGUUGAUGGAAUGUGCUAAAGAAAUGAUCAGAGAAGCGCUACCUAUAAAGUGUUUAGAGGCAGUUAUUCUAGGAAUAUUUCUAACCAACUGUAUGGUAGGUCUGGAAAGGUUCCCCAUAAGUUUCAAGACAACUUUCAAAGGCCACUCUCACCGCCAUAUUGUCCUUGGGCUGUGUCAUGCUGGCAGCUAUGGUGCCAUUGGCAUGAGCAGACGGGAGGACCUCAUGUACAAGCCAUUACAGUUCAAGAGCUUAUCAGACCUAGUAUUGGACUUUGAAAAAUGUUACAAGCAAUAUUAUCAUACUGUAAAAAAGGUCAAGGUUGGAAUGCCAAUAAAUCAUGAUCAGCACUCAUAUGAGAUUAUAUCCUGGAAGGCUUUGGUUGUCACAUUUGGACGAAAUCCACAGAAAGAUUGUGUACGUGAGCUAGAGAAUCAUUCAAGAAAGAUGAAAAGUUUGUAUAAAUCUUGGAGCUCAAGUCCUUAUACCUCAAUUAAGCUGCUGCCUACAUCUGAUCCAAUGAAGGAAGCUACUUGUGCUGAAUCCAGUUCCUUUGGUCUUUCACGAAGGCAUACAGUUGUUGACUCUGGUCUGUUAGGUAUGAAAAAGAAGAGCAGAAGUACAGGAGCACUGCAGGUGAACAAUGACUACCAGAUCCGCAUCUAAGUCUACCUGAACUCUAGCUGCUAGCACCAGUUCCUCUCCACAAGGUGUGGUGUUCAAUGCUUUCAACACUCCCUGUUCAUGCUCGAUGAUUUUUACAUAUUUGUAGUCAGUAUUUUAAAUAUGUGCAGUUAGUAUUUUAAAAGCCCAUAUUUAGUCAGUAUCUUACAUGUAUAUAGAAAACAUGCCUCAAUUUACUGCUGAAUUGAAUUGCAUUCUCAUAGCUAUGUUUAGUAUACUGUGUGAUUUCAAAUAAAUUAUCUAUUUGAAGAGAGAUUAUUCAAGUAUAUUUGUUAUUUAAAUCAAUUGUUUGACCAAUUUUUACUGGGAUAUGGACAAGGGUAAUUUAAUGUUACUGUACAUUUUCUCUGAUUAGAUCUCACAUUAAUUUUAUUUCUUUUAUUUCUUUUUGACAUCAUAUGCAAAUUAUGUUAACUGCACAAGUUACACUGAAAGAUUUAGUAGAAUUUGUAGAUUCAGUGCUCAGUUCAAAUUAUUUAAGAACCUUGCUAAUACUUAAUGUAAAUCUGCUUUAAGAUAAGAUGAAAAGAGAUUAACCACAUAAUUAUUUCUUUUAUAUUAUUUUUCUUAUUUCCAUUUACCACUUAUGACAAGGCCUGAGUCAAAGUGCCAAUGUUUGUUUCUUGAAGUUUUUAUAAUACUUUUUUAUGUUUGCCAUCUAUUUUAACUCACUGCAGCAAACAUUCGAAUUCGCUCAAUUGUAUCAGAUCAAGUUUCAAUAAAUAUCUAUGCAUUACUUUGGCAUAUGUUAUAAAUUGUAUUUGAUAUUAAUUAUUAUAAGACAU